AUGGCUGCCGCGUGGCGUGGGACGGUCUUUACCCUCCUCACAGCGGCUUGCGCAUCAGGCUUCGUCCAGCCAGGAUGCCCAGGAGCGCUCGCAGGUAGAGAGUGGGCCAGGGGCGGGGCCAAGAGCUGCGCAAGACCAGUGUGCUCGAGCGUGCUUCGCAUGUCGGAUCACACAGAGGACAGGCCAAGAACGCAGGUGUUUGAGAGCAGCGGCGGCGGGGAUGGCGAAGAGGGUUCCGCAGCAUCGAAGUCGGCUGACGCCCCAUAUGUACUGACGAAACCGAUGGACCUGGUACGAGUCCGGGGUUUCGGCAGCGGUUCGUCGGCGGGUUACUUCCCCGGGAGGGAUGGCGGCGGGAGGGGGCGGGGGGGGAGGGGUGCGUAUAACGACGGUUACGGCGGAGGCGGAAGCGGUGGUCGCGGCGGCUACGACAACUUCCAGGGGAGGGGUAGGGGCAGGGGAGGGAGGUUUGACUCGGGCGGCGACGCGUUCGGCAGGGGAAGAGGUGGCGGCGGCGGCAGGUUUGGUAUGGACGGCCGCGGCCGCGGGGGGCGUUUUGACGGCGGCGGCGGCGGCGGCCGCUUCGACGGCGGGGGGCGCGGCGGGGGGCGUUUCGACACUGGAGGUCGUUUCGAUGGCGGGGGACGGGGCGGGCGCUUCGAUGGGGGGGGCAGGGGCGGGCGCUUUGACGGAGGCGGCAGGGGUGGGGGGAUGAUGGGAGGACGGGGGGAGAGCAGCUAUGGCAGCGGGCGGGGGCGUGGCGGAGGGCUUGACGAUGUUGGCGGCGGGGGGAACGGGGGCGGCCUCGACUAUGCUCCCCCCACUGAGAAACGGACGACUUUCAAGGAGGACAAGAAGAAGGUCAAGGGCUACGAGAGCAAGAACGUGCCGGACAAGGCGUCUCAGUCGGUUCUGAGGGGGCGCAAGGAUAGGCUACAGGCGGAGUCCUUGGACGAAGAGCUGUACGAUGAUGACGGUGCUGAUCUCAGCACUGACGAUGAUCUGUUCGGUGCGGCCACCGCUGCCGCCACGGCGAUGCUGGGCGAGGCCGCCGAGAAGGUAGCAGAGCCUAGCACCAAGCCCAAGGCAGUCGCCUCGACCCCUGUGGAGCGGAUCCAGCCCACGGGGGGCCGCCAGGCGCAAGCCCAGGCGCUCAAGGCGGCCGGAAGGCCGAUCCCCGGGCGGGGUCGCGGGCGAGGGCGUGGGCGGCCUAGGAGGCGGCGAACAAAGUCCAAUCAGGUUUACGCCCCUGCACCAGCGCCUGCGGUCGUGAGGCUCCCGGGGCCUACCAUCGUCGUGAGCGAGUUGGCGGAGAUGAUGGAAGUUAGGCCGGCGGAGGUGCUGAAGCACCUCAUGCUCGACCUCGGGAUCAUGGCGACGAUCACGCAGUCCAUCGAUGCGGACACGGCUCGCCAGGUUGCCAACAACUUCGAAGUGGAGGUGGAUGACGGUUCUAGCUCGUUCGAUGAGGAAGAGGUGGUGUCGGUGGGCGACACGGGAACCGCCAUCGAGAUAGAUGCGGAGGACACCAUGCUGCCCAGGGCGCCGGUGGUGACCAUCAUGGGGCACGUCGACCACGGCAAGACGAGUCUGCUGGACGCGAUCCGCGAGACCAAGGUUGUCGCGGGCGAAGCGGGUGGCAUCACGCAGCACGUCAGCGCAUACCAGGUUAAGACUGAUGCCGGCGCCGACCUGACCUUCGUCGACACUCCCGGCCACGCGGCCUUCAGCGAGAUGAGGGUCCGCGGGGCGAACGCUACUGACAUCGUGGUGCUCGUCGUGGCUGCCGACGACGGCGUGAUGGAGCAGACGAAGGAGUCCAUCGCCACGGCACGGAUGGCGGACGUGCCUAUCGUCGUCGCCAUCAACAAGGUAGACAAGGAGGGUGCGGACGUCCAGAAGGUACAGAACGAGCUCAUGACCUUCGACCUACUUCCGGAGGAGUUCGGUGGGGACACGCAGGUGGCGAUGGUCUCCGCCAAGCAGAAGAGCGGCCUCGACGAGCUCCUGGAGAAGAUCCUUCUUCAGUCGGAGGUGUUGGAGCUCAAGUCCAACCCGGACCGUUCCGCGGAAGGGGUCAUCAUAGAGGCGCGCAUGGAGAGGGGGCUCGGCACCGUCGGUACGGUCCUCAUCCAGCGGGGAACCCUCCGCGUGGGAGACAUCUUCGUCGCUGGAGGGGCGUGGGGAAGGGUGAAAGCUCUCAUCGACCACCAGGGUCGGAGGAUCAAGGAGGCGGGACCGUCGACCCCAGUACAGGUUGGAGGGUUCGACGGAGUGCCCGAUGCCGGAGACGUGUUCACGGUGGUGGACCGGGAGGACAUUGCCAGGGAUCUCGCGGAGGCGCGGCGAAAGAUUGCCAGAGAAUCGUCGGCGGCUAUCCUUCAGGGAGGGUUGAAGAACGACAUGCUGUCCAUCUUGAGCGGCGAGGCUGACGAAGGCAAGGAGCUGUUCGAGUUACCCGUGAUGAUCAAGGCUGACGUGCAGGGGUCGGAGCAGGCGCUGCAGACGGCUCUCAGUGAAAUGAUCUCCGAGGACGAGUACUUCAAGGCCAAGUGUAAGCUCCUCCCAUCCGGGGUGGGCGAGAUCACGAAGAGCGACGUGGCCAUCGCCGGGGUCAGCAACGCCUUCGUCGUUGGGUUCAAUGUCGGGGCUGACCAGGAGGCCACGAGAGAGGCUAGGGCGAACGGCAUCGACAUCGGGUACUACAGCGUCGUGUACAACGUCAUGGAUGACAUCCAGGCCAAGUUGGACGAGCUGGUGUCCCCUACCCCCGACGGGGAGUACACGGGUAGGGCCGUCGUCAAGGUCAUCUUUAACAUCGGAAAGGUGGGCAACAUCGCGGGUAGCUCGGUGGAGGACGGCGUUAUCAACAAGGGGGGUAACGUGCUGGUGAAGCGAUUGGGUCGCAUCGUGCACGAGGGGAAGCUGAAGACGCUCAAGAACCUCAAGGUUGACGCGGACAAGAUGGUCAUGGGGACGGAGUGUGGUAUCCAGGUGGAGGGCUUCGAAGACUUCCAGGAAGGCGACUUGAUCGAGUGCUACAAGAUGGACUAACUGGUUUGUUAGCAGCGACCUUCGUUACGGGCGAUAGUGCAGAGAAGGAGAGAAGCCACCGGACAGCGGGAGGAUGGAUGUAGAGGAAAGAAAUCGUGGCGGGAGAGGGUGGCUCGCCUACCAGUUGCUGUCUGAUGACUUGGCUGGAAGGCCAAGUAGUAGUAAGGCUUUGAUUUCUGAUAUUUCUCGUUCCCGAAGACGCGACCUGUGUCUCGUGGUAUUUGUGCGAGGGUUUGUUUGUGGUGAAGCGACCAGGCAGGGGAGGUUGCGGAAGCCGCUUGCUUGCCCCUCCCUUUGGUCUCGGCUGCCGCUUUUUCGUUUCUGCCUCCCUUGCGUUUUUGGUUCCGUUGACGCUCCGCCCAUGUGUCGUUGGUUGCCGAUUAUUUAGUCGGGUCGGGUCGACCGUGGACCGUGGACCGUGUCCGUUCUGUUUUCCCUGUCCCUUGGAAGGCGUGUGCCUGAUGCUGAUGUUUCGUGGAUGGCGGAAAGCAUUCCCAGCUUUCGGUGCGGUGCGGUGCGGAAACAUGCUUUGCGUGUGAUUUUGUAUGUGACUUUUUCUCUCCGAUAAACUUAGAUGCUUCAGGGA